UGCAGAGGGGGCGGGGCUUCGGGCGCCGAACCGCUGCAAGGCGUAUUCUGGGAAGGCAGUAGGGGAGUGCAGAGCCUGGAGCUCUGCUGAGAGCCGAAGUGUGGGGGAAAGCACCGAGCCCUGUUUGAGAACGCAACUUUGAGGACGCAGGGCGGUGGAUUUCAGUGAAGUUCCUUAUGACUUCCCCUGAAAUUGCUUCCUUAUCAUGGGGGCAAAUGAAAGUACAAGGCUCUAAUACAACCUAUAAGGACUGCAAAGUAUGGCCAGGGGGCAGUCGGACUUGGGAUUGGAGAGAAACAGGAACUGAGCAUUCUCCUGGAGUGCAGCCUGCAGAUGUGAAGGAAGUUGUUGAGAAAGGUAUACAGACUCUUGUGAUUGGCCGAGGGAUGAGUGAGGCCUUGAAGAAAUGCCUCAACCUAUGAAUCUCUCAAGUUCUGUUCCUUCAUCAACUGUGGAGUACCUCAAGAAACAUGGCAUUGAUGUGCGGGUCCUCCAGACAGAGCAGGCAGUGAAGGAGUAUAAUGCCUUGGUUGCCCAAGGGGUCAGGGUGGGAGGUGUCUUCCAUUCCACCUGCUGAUGAGGCCUUAAGAGGCGAAUAAAUCACUAACCACCUCUGCCUGUGA